GUUGUUGGGUGGUCGGGGGUGGUAUAUUAAUAUUUAAUUAUUGUUAUUAUUUUAUUUAAAUAUUAAAACUGGGCUGGAAUUAUAUCAAUAUUAUUAAUUGAGUGGUCUCUCUCGCGCUUCCCUUGCUGUUCGUCUCCCUGAAUGCCUUAACCAGUGUUCAGGAAAAUCGCGACGAUUUGUGUACGGAGGAGCGAGGGAUUAAUUAAUUAGUCGAUCACAAAUUAAUGAUCAGAUUAGUCCAGCAUAUGACUUGCGCCACCUCUAUGCCAUAAUCGGUCUCCCUGGGAAGAUAAAUUUUGAGGCGACCCACUGCGAAUAUUAAUUUUGCCUUUGGCAUGUACUGCUACGAUUCUCACCUGCAUGAGAAUUUAUAAAAUGGCUGUAGCAGUUGACCAACAUAAUGGGUUCAAGCCGUUCUGCCGAACCCAGAGAUGCAGACUCCAAUCCUAUACUCACCUCGACCAAACUAAAUUUGUCAGCUCUUUGAAACAAGCAUUUGAAGUUGCUAAUAGUUUUCACCGAAGCUUCUCAACUCCAUGCAUAUCCCUGACCAGUAGUAGUGCAGUGAAUGAAGAAGAAGAAGAAGAGUUUGAGGUCAAUCCAAAGAUUGAGAUUGUUGGUGGCUACAAGGCCCCCGGAGUACGUGCUCUUGUGGUUGAAGUUGCCAUUGCCAUUGCUUCUGGUGUGGACCCAAUGCCGGUGGCAAGUGGGCUAGGUGGUGCCUAUUUUUUACGUAGCAUAAAUGGUGAUAAUAUUAUUGCGGUGGCAAAGCCCGUAGAUGAAGAACCUUUAGCCUUGAACAAUCCAAAAGGUUUCGGGGGUAGGAUGCUGGGGCAACCCGGUAUAAAACGCUCAGUUCGGAUAGGCGAGACGGGCUCUCGAGAAUUGGCUGCUUACCUCCUUGACCACGGUGGUUUUGCUGGUGUUCCCCCCACAGCUUUAGUCAAAAUCUCUAAUGUUGGAUUCCACCUCAACAAUAAUGAAGCCUCGGUUUCGUCAUCUACUACCACACACUAUCCCUAUAAGAUUGCUUCUCUCCAGCAUUUCGUAGAUCAUGACUAUGAUGCAGGAGAACUUGGUCCUUCUGGCUUCUCCGUUGCUUCUGUUCAUCGAAUCGGGAUUUUCGAUGUGAGACUUCUAAAUCUUGAUCGGCAUGCAGGAAAUAUGCUUGUGAAGAAACAACAACGUGAUGAUGAUGAUCAUCAUCAUCAUGAUCUCAACAGCAAUUAUACCGUUGGAGUGGCUGAGCUCGUGCCAAUUGACCAUGGGCUUUGCCUACCUGAGUGGCUUGACGACCCAUAUUUUGAAUGGCUGCAUUGGCCUCAAGCCUCGGUUCCAUUUUCUGAGUCUGAAGUUGACUACAUAUCCAACCUCGAUCCUUUUAAAGAUGCAGAGCUGCUAAGAACAGAGCUUCCUUCUUUAAGGGAGGCCAGCAUCCGCAUGCUUGUGCUCUGCACUAUUUUCCUAAAGCAAGCUGCUGCUGCUGGGCUUUGUCUUGCUGAAAUUGGUGAAAUGAUGUCUCGGGAGUUUUGUGGCGGAGAAGAAAAUUUGAGUGCAUUAGAGAAUGUAUGUGCCCAAGCUAAGGCUUCCUUGCCUAGUAAUGGUAAUGGUAAUAGUAUUAGUAUUUUUCAAGAGGAUAAUGAUGGUGGAUGUAAUGAUGAUGGUGGUAAUGAAAGUAAAAAAUCUACUGAAGAACAAAAUGAGGUCUUUCAAUUCGACAGUGGAAGUGAUCAAGAAGCUUGUAAUGAGGGUUUGGAUCUUCCACAGCUAUUACAGAGCCUUCCUGGGAUGGCUAAGCCACCCAAAACGUCAAGGUUUGCAUGUAGUGCAGGAGCAGGCAGUACAAGAUUGUUGCCCGAUACACAAGUAAGGUCUCCAUUGUGUGAGGAAAAUGACCAGGGAGAUGAUGAUGGUGAUAAGGAUUGUAAUAAGAUGGAUGGCGGUUGUGGUGGGGGUGGGGCUUUUACCAGGAGUAUGAGUUUUCAAGUGCAACAUAAUCAUAGUUAUGAAGAAGAAGCUGGGGUCAUCACUUUUGCAGACAUGAGCCAAGGUGAUUGGGAAUUGUUCUUAAAGAGUUUUGAGAAGUUUUUGCCAGAGGUUUUUGAAAGCAUAAAAUGCUUAAGCCAGAAGCAUAGGUUGGGAACUUCAUGCAAGUUCUGAUCAGAAAAUUAAGCACCCUUUUCUUUGACAUUCUUUAACCUACCUUUCACAGAAACUAUAGAAAGCUUAUUAGAUAGAGAUUAUAAAUACGAACCCCGAUUAAGAUUAUAAAUAAGUAAAUAAUCUUUAAUUACGAUGAUCUCUUGCUAAAAGAAAACCAUUUGCUUGAUUCCGUUUACGUAUUCUAAUAUAUAUAUAUAUAUAUAUAUAUUUAAAGCGUUGUAGAGAUUUUUCCCAGCUGUCUACAUAUAGAUCCACAUACAUAACAGGGUUCUGUUGCCUCUAAUUUUUUAUAUUUGUUAGAGAUUGG